AUGAGCAGCAAUAGAUGGAACAUGUUUAGUGACACACCUAGAGGUGAUCAUUGGCUUAAUUCACCAGGGAUGAGCUCACCUAAGAAAAGAGUGCAUGAUCCACAAAUAAAAACUAAGGAAUUCAAGAAUGCUGAAGACGGUUUUCUAUAUAACAGAAAGGAUGUUCCUACUGAAAUGCAUUUUGAAAAUUCCAAAAAAUACGAUGGAGUAAAUACAACGGCACACGUUAAUAAUGAAAGAAAAGACAAUAAACUUAGGAAAGUUGAUCAAUUGCCGUUAGUCUCUACCGAAGCUUUAGAUAUUUCAAGACAAAGGGCACUGGUGAUAUCAGUUUUCUUCCUAAUUCAAGCAUACAAAAUAUAUGAUAAUAUGGCCCUUCAAUCGGGCCUUCCCAUAAGUGGGUUUGCAAUUGGUAGCAAUAUGUUCAAUUUCCUAUUUAAAUAUCUGAUUGUUGAUGCGGCCUUUUUUUUUACGCUUCCGGUGUUAAACAUUCCAAAACUAACCUUUCCUACAUGGGUUGUAAUUUCGCAGGUCUUGUUAGUCACAUCCUUCAACAUUGCUCUAUGUAACAAUAAAACCACUGUUCUAUUUGGUAUGCUGUUGUCUGCUUGGAAAAAAUUCAACGCAAAGGAAUUUACUAUUACAGGUAACACAAUUAAAAAUAGACAAGCACCAGAUUAUUCUUCUCACUUUAAGGGUGCUUUAACGGUCAAAAUUCUGCCUGAAAACACAGCGUUUCUAAAUCCAUUCCAAAGCUCUUAUUGUUUUCCUCUAGAUGGUGUUCAGGGUGUAGACACAUCUAUGAAUGUACCAAUUAGGGUUAAUUCCUCCUCUGCAUUAGAAUUGAUUCAAAUUGAAUACACAGACCUUUACACAAAGGAGAGAGAACUUUUGAAUUUUACUAGCAAAUCAUUUUCUAUUAUGGAUGACUAUCAUCGUAAGGAUAGCAUAGACGGGACAGAAAAGUCAUCGGAGGUAAAGUAUCUGACAAUUCCUUUAAAAAGAAUUGGUAUCUAUCAAUUGAAAACAGUUAUUGACGCAAAUAACCUGAACUUGAAAAUACAACCAUCUCAGUUAAUUGUCCCACAUUGUCCAACAAUAACCGUAGUUGGCUUUGGUGAUCGUAAUAGAUGUGUCGGUGAUUCAGAUGUAAUGAAAAUGGAACUUCAUGGUGUACCACCAUUAAAGCUCUCUUAUACGAAAGAAGUUGAUGGCGUUCAGUAUACAUAUUUUGACAGUAAUUUACAACCUGAAAACUUUGACUCGCCGUUAAUGAAUGGCCAAAAGGCAUUCUUCUCGGACAGUCAUCUGAAUAAUCCAAAAUGGGCCAGAUCUCAUCCAAUUGUAAUCACACUUGAUAAUACUAUACAAAAAAGUGGUACUUAUAAAUAUAAAAUUAACAAGCUAAUAGACGGAUUUGGAAAUGAAAUGGACUAUAGCACAUUGACAGACUCUCAACUACAGGAAUAUGAUCUAACCUACGACUUUUUUGUCCAUGGAAUUGCAAGUGCUUAUUUGAGCGAAAAGUUUAACCCAAACAAACUAAUGAAGAAAUCCAUUUUUUUGAACAUCAAAUCAGACCGUCUAAAAAAGACUGAAUACACUGCUGAUUUGGAAUUUAUUAACGAGCGUGGGGUAAGCAAGAAGUUUACUGUGAAAACAUCUUCUGAGAGCAAAGAGAUAGAAGUAUCGGAACCUGGUUUAUAUAAAAUUUUGAAGGUAAAAUCAGAGUUUUGUCCUGGUGUAGUUUCUGGAAAGUCUAAUGUACUGGUUACAAAACCAGUUGCACCAGAAUUGAAUGUAGUUUCUAAACCAAUUUUGGAUGAAUGUGUCGGACAAGUAGGUUUGAAUUUUGAUUUAUCGUUUACAGGUGUCCCACCAUUCACAGUCCCGGUGAAGAUAUACAGAAUUGAAAAUAAUAACAGAGUCAUCCAUGAUACCAAAUAUAUCAAAAGUGAAAGUUCAAGAAAACAUUUUUCUUAUGGCCCUAAACACGAGGGUACUUAUGAAAUAGUGUUUGAGAGUAUAUCCAACAAUAUUUUCUCAGAAGCUAUACCUCUACAACCUGGGAAGGAUUAUACAUUUCAAACCUCGAUGAGAGUAAAACCUGGUGCACGGAUUAGUAAGAACAAAAACAUUGAACUAUGUUUGGGACAUAAGAAUAAUGUUGCAGUAGAACUUCGCGGUGAGCCACCAUUCGAACUAAGUUAUGAUAUUGUUGAAACUUCAUCAAACAAGAGAUCUUCUUACUCCAAAAAGGAUCUGAACACGAAUAUUCAUGAUAUUGAGUUACCACCAUUCAAACUUGGAGGUGAGUAUAUACUCUCUUUGGUAUCUGUUAAGGAUGCCAAAGGGUGUGUAGUUAGUCUAUCUGAGGCUGAUGCCAAAAUCAAUGUCAGAAGGGAUAUACCAACUGUCGCCUUUGCGUCUACUGACAGAGAACAGAACAUAUUCAUUAAGGAGGGAGGCACAGCUAAAGUUCCAAUUAAAUUGGGUGGUAUUGCUCCAUUCAAAAUCAAUUAUGAGCAGAUUGAUCAUGAAGGUAACACUAUCAAGACAUUUAAAGAAAUGUUUAGCUCAAACUCUGAUUUCGCUCUUUCAAUACAAGAAGCAGGUCUCUAUAAGCUAACUGGAGUUAAAGAUAAAACCUGUGAAGGUAAGGUCGAAGAUAAAUUAGCCAGCGUAGCAGUUAAAUAUCUGGACAAGCCUUCGUUUGUUGUACAAGCUAAUAAAAGAACACAAAAAAUGGAUGCAUUAACCUUUAAGAACGAUGAUGUUUGUGAAUUAGAAGAGGCAUCUGUCGAUUUGAGCUUAAUUGGUUCCCCACCAUUUAUUUUGAAAUAUGACUUGAUAACACCUGCUGGAAAGAAAUCACAAGAGGAAAUCCAAGUAGCGACAAAAUAUGUAUCAUUGAAAUUCCCAAGCUCCGAGGCAGGUGUUUAUACUAUGAUAAUCAAAAGUUUAUCCGAUUCAAAUUAUGAUGAAACUUCCUUGCAAAACAUUGCACAUAAAUCGGUUACUGUUGCAGUUAGACAAAGUGUAAACCCAGCACCUAUGAUAGAAUUGCUAGAUUCCGGUAAAAUCAUUAGAACCUGCUUCACUAACCUAGAGCAAGCUGAUUUGAUGGAACCAUUUAAAUUAAAGAUUAAUAGAGGUAAGGCACCGUUUGUUGUUACUGUAAAUGUAUAUCAUGAAAGUACAAGUAGAGUGGAUCAAUUUGUCAUAAAUGAUGUCGAUGGUGAAUAUCUAUCAGCAUCAGAAAUAUACAAAGAUCUGAAAAUGGGUAAUCACGAAAUUCGUAUUGUAAAAGUGGUAGACGCCAAUGGUUGUGUUAAUGAAAAUAUGCUUUCUUCAGUGACAACUCUACAACUAUCCGUUGUGGAAGCACCAAAAAUACAUCUCUUGGAUUCCACAUCAGAUUAUUGUGUUGGUGAUUAUGUGUCCUAUCAAUUGAAUGGUGUACCUCCAUAUCAAAUAGGCUAUGAAUUUAACGGAAUUCAAUUAAAAUUUACUGAAAAGUCUUCACAAUUUGUUAGAUAUGCAUCAGAACCUGGUGUUAUCUCAAUUAGAACAUUGCAAGAUGCGGCAUCUAAAUGUGUUGUGGAUUUCCAAAAACCAGGGCUAGCAACUGAACAUGAGAAGUUAUCACUGAUAAUACAUCCGAUACCAUCGGUAACUGUUUCUCAAGGUAAGUAUACGGUUGCAGAUAUUCACGAAGGUGAUCAAGUUGAGGUCAUUUUCUCAUUUGAAGGAACACCUCCAUUUUCAUUAACAUAUAUAAGAGCAGAGGACCCCACAGUUAAUGGAAAACAGCAAGUCAUUGAAACGCACAAAAUUACCGACAUCUAUGAAUAUGAAUACCGUGUAGUAACCAGCUUACAAGGAACUUAUGAGGCAAUAGAAGUUGCAGAUGCUCAUUGUUUUGCAAAGAACGAUGCUUUUUUCCAGAUGUGA